CGCGUCGCCCCUCGAACACAGUGUUUGCCCGCACGCAAAGAAAACCACCGCUCGUCAUCAUGAAGCUUUUCAUUGUUCUGUUUGCCAUUGUGGCGGUUGCCAGCGCUGGAUACCACGCGGAGCACAUCCAUGUUGGUGGUGGACCCAACAUCCCGGCCCUGAAAGCCGCUCCGCUCGCUCUUCAUGGCAAUGAUCACACCACCCGCAUCCACUACUCUGGCCCAUAUGUAGGGCAUCCGCACUUGGUCGGUGUUGAGGAGUUCAAGGCGGCCCCGAACUACGAGCCCAGCGUCACCAACGUGGCUGUCCACGGACACGGCUGGUAGAUCCAAACGCUCGAGCCAGCAGACCCGCUGGUCCGGGGUGGUCCACGCCGAACGCGUUAUCCUGAGGCUGAUAUGAACUGCGAAUCAGCGACCACCAUGAUUGGUGAACGAGAAACAUCGGACACACUCAAAAGCCUAUCGAAACAAUUUUCUAAGGCUAGGUGUAUUCGAUCCCCGCGCGAAACCGAGGAUUCCUCCGGUCCGAGGUUCGAGACUCACGGGGACGCAUUAUUGGCAGAUCGAAGUGCAAUUCGACUGCUUCAGGAUAGCCGCAUAGGCUCUGGGCCACUCGAGGACCGCAAUAUCGCAGAAAGACCAGGCAGUCACAAAUUUGAAAGAAGCCUUCCCCUCUCAUUUCUUCUCUUUUCGUUUUACCUUGACGCUACAUAUGACACGCAUCACACACGUACAGCGACGAGCAAUCAGGCCCCUUUCCCGUUUUCCCUUUCGAUUAUCCAUCUCAUUCUGUCGAUGACAAAAUUCUUGUGCGGCAUAUUGUAGAAGAGACCACAACAUCAGAGCGGCCAUCUCUUCCCUUUUUCCACCAUUCGUUCUUCGGCACCAACCACUUUUAUUUAUUUUGUAAUAAAAGUUGAUUUUUACGUCUUGUGAUAAAA